ACUUCCUACUAUUAUUUAUUUUGGCAUCCCCAAAUUUUUAUCUGUCAAAUUUUAUUGUCGCAAAAAUUUCAGUCAUAUUUUUGUAAAAUAUUACGUGAUCUAAAACAAUUAAAAAAAAUUAAAAAACAAUUCACACCCCCCGUGGUAGUCGCCGUCUGAUUCGGCGGUGGUUACCAACCUGCCGGUGCCCGUAGGUUUGCAUCAAUGAAUGAUGUCGCUGAGGUCGAAAGCCCUGGCUUUGGUGGAAGUGUUACUCAGGGUUCCACCGUUGUUUGUGGUGGAUGAGUUCCUGAAGAUCAGCCUGGGCUUGCCCGUGUCCACCGGCGAGGAGGUGCCCAUCCUGUCAGCUGCGACGACAGACCACAUAGAUAGCUCUGAGAACGACACCAAUUAUUACGACGCGAAUUUCUACAAUGCGUUUGUCUUCACACUGCUAAAAUUCUUCAUAUGCUGCUUAGGAUGCAUGUCAGCGCUCUGCAUAUUCGUGCUCUACACGAAGCACCUGAUCAUCGUGUACCUGUACCUAAUGUCACUAGGCCUAGUCUUCAUCUCCUACUGGACAAAUGUCUCCGCUAUCAAGCAAAUACAAGCCCUGACGAUGUCCGUCAGUUCGGCGCACCACUCGACGAGCAUAUUAGAAGAUAUCCUUAAUUUAAAUGUUAAGAAUUUACUCGAUCUCGAAGGGCCAGGGAUUCUGGUCAUACAAAACUUUGCGAUACAGUUCCUGCUGGCCAUUCUCUUCAGAAAUGUCCAUCUAGGACCGCGGCAUCCAACAAUACAGAAGCUCCUACCGAUGAGUUUCAUGGCGCCAUCGUUUCUGGCAAUGCUCCCGGUACCACCGAACCUCUUGCACCAUUCUCCAGUUUUUUCAACACUGUUGCCACUAUUUCUCGUAAAAUACGUGCUCUGGUCGUCAGGGUACGACGUCGCACAAGUGAUCUACGCUGGGUAUCAGCACGGAAGGCUAUUCAUAAGUCACAAUGGCCUCUCAGCGUUAGUCGAAACUGAAUGGAUGCGGCUCAACGUGCCAUGCGUCCUUAGAGUGUUUUGGGUGAUGCGUGUGGCGGAACACGCGAUACUGUUGCUUAUGGACAACUACGACGAAGAGGUCGAUGAAGGGAUAAAGGUCUCGACUUUGCUCGCCGUGCAGUCGCUCGCGUCGUUGGCCAAAUCGCUGCUAGUGACGGGAUGCGAGACCAUAACUGCCGUGCUCGGCAUGACGUCGGUCAUCUCCUUUUUUUGCCACUACAUCGGGAACUUCUUCCAAUGGAUUCUGCUGACGGACGAGGAGGAGGACAAAAGUAUCGGCACAGUUUCGGCCAUAUUGUUUUACAUUCUAGCGCUGCAAACGGGACUCACCUCUCUCAACCCCGAGAAGAGAUUCAUACGACUUUGCAGAAAUUUCUGUCUACUAUUCACCGCUCUCUUACACUUUUUGCACAACAUUGUGAAUCCAAUGUUGAUGUCUCUCAGCGCGUCGCGUAACCCGAGCACGCACAGACACGUCAGAGCGCUCGGCGUAUGCGCGUUUCUCAUCAUAUUCCCCAUAUCUUUACUAGUCUAUUUAUGGUCACAGCACUCAAUAUCCACGUGGCUUUUAGCAGUGAGUGCAUUCAGCGUAGAGGUGAUAGUGAAAGUAGUGGUCAGCCUCAUGAUCUACUCGUUGUUCCUAAUCGAUGCCAACAGAAGCACGUUUUGGGAACAGUUGGACGAUUACGUUUACUACAUAAGAGCUUUCGGGAACACUAUAGAGUUUUGUUUCGGAAUCUUCCUGUUCUUCAACGGAGCUUGGAUUCUGUUGUUCGAAUCGGGAGGGGCCAUUCGGGCGGUGAUGAUGUGUAUACACGCGUAUUUCAAUAUAUGGUGUGAAGCUCGCGCCGGGUGGUCGGUGUUCAUGAAGCGGCGGACGGCCGUGAACAAAAUUAAUUCGCUGCGAGAGGCUUCGGUGGAUCAACUCCUCCGGCUGGACGACGUGUGCGCGAUCUGCUACCAGGAGAUGCACUCGGCGAAGAUAACGCGGUGCAACCACUUCUUCCACGGCAUGUGCCUGCGCAAGUGGCUGUACGUGCAGGACCGCUGUCCGCUGUGCCACGACAUCCUGUACAAGAUCGACAGCGACAACAAAGACAACUCGGAGGCGGGCAACGAGGAGAACAGCAACAACCAAAACCUGCUGCUCGAGGAGGAGCCGGACCUCCUCCUCAACGAGGGCGUCAGGUGACUGAACCAUGAAGACUUACCAAUCUAGUUUAAAAUCAAGUUUAAAACUCGAUUUAUCAGUGGUAUUUUUUUAAUUUUGUAUAGUAAGUUAUUGUCCUUUUAAUAUAUUUUGACUCGGUUGGUUACUGUGAUUUAAGAUGUUAAUACUGUCUCGUGAUGAAUGGGUGUCGUAUUGGUGUGACGUUAGUGUUAAGUUCUUUGUAGGUGUCCUAUACGCUUGGAUUGUCGACGCGCUGUUACAGUUUCCUAUUAUUGUUACAAAUUUUUGAGUCAAAAAUCGCUAGUGCAACAAAUUGAACGUCGCUCGUUCGAAAAAGACGCAAAGCUAUUUGUAAAUAGUUAAGUCGUUUAGAAAUAGCUUUUAAUAUAUCAGACUUACGUGAAAUAUAUAAAAAUAGCAAGUUUUUUCUUAUAAAACUGUAAAUAAACUAUUAUUUUAGUGUAA